AUGCCAAAAUCAGCACACACACCCUGCCCCGAGCGGGUGGGGCGGGGGUUGAUUCCUCAGCCUAUCGUUGCCUCUGCGAGUGUGCUGCUGCUCCUGAAGACGAUUCUGGAAGAGGACUUCUUGGAAGAGAACGAAGAGGGGGAGGCGGACGGAGGAGAAAUUGACGAUCCGCUGCUGGAGCGCAUUGAUGGCGGCGCUGGUGGGCGGGCGCAGCUCGCUGCGGCCGCUGAAACAAUCACGAGAGGGAAGGCCAAGAGGGCUGAUUGUGUUGUGGGUGGUCGCGGGGUUAAGGGCACGGUUUUAUGAGACUGGUAUCUAGUCGUUUUCUUGUAGGGGGCUUAAUUAGUGCAAUUAGUUAUUAAAUUCUGUAUGUAAAAUGUCCCAAAAUAAUGAUAAUUCUUCGUCACUGGUUUGCUGCGUUUCAUUAGAAUGGCAAAACAACGAUAAAGGUGUAGUGCGUCGAGCUAAUUUGAAAACCGUUACUUUGCGACUACUUAGGAAUGAAUUUCGUGAAAUAUUUCUUGCUGUAUAUGAAAAGACAGAAGAUUCUGCGUGUAAAAAAUUUCUCCUGAAAAACUUUGCAGUUCAUAAGAAAUUUAUGAAUGAAGGAAAAGCAACCAUAAACUUCCAUGAAUUGCAUAUGAGUGUAAUGAUAUCAAAUGCACCUCCGACUCAACUAGUUAAUUUUUUAAAGCAUUUGUAUAUAAAAAUGUGCGGUGGUAAAAAUGAAGAGAAACCUGGACCUCGAGCACGCUUGUUGUCUGGUAAAGCUCGUGUGUUGGAAGAAAUAAGCCCUGUUACUCUACAAGAAGUUAAUGGAGUGAGAAAACCCAAACAACAGGCACCAGAUUCCACUCCUCCUACUGGAAAAAAAAGAACUUCAUCAGGAAUACUUUUGAAUAAGGCUGUAAAAAGAUCGUGUCUCUCAUCGUACAUUGAUCCUGCCCCUCUAACUUCAGAACAGAAGAAUGUCCUUAAUGAGGCCUUGGCUGGAAGGAAUUUAUUUUUUACGGGUAGCGCUGGUACUGGAAAAUCAUAUUUGUUGCGGCGCAUCAUUGGAGCCUUGCCUCCUGAUUCAACAGUAGCAACUGCUAGUACGGGAGUAGCAGCAUGUCAUAUUGGUGGAAUGACAUUACAUUCAUUUGCAGGUAUUGGCAGUGGACAAGCUUCAGUUGAAAGAUGUAUUCAGCUAGCUUCAAAAACAGCAACUUACCAAAUGUGGCGAAAAUGCAAGCAUCUGAUUAUUGAUGAAGUGUCGAUGGUACAAGGUUCUUAUUUUGAGAAGUUGGACAAAGUUGCAAGAGCUCUGAAAAACAAUGAUCGUCCUUUUGGUGGAAUACAGUUAAUAUUGUGUGGUGAUUUUCUUCAGCUCCCACCUGUUACUCGAGAUACAGUAGAUGACAAAAGAUUCUGUUUUCAAAGUUCUGUGUGGGACGAAUGUAUUCAUGCAAGUUUUGAGUUAACUCAGGUUCAUCGUCAGUCUGAUCCUGUGUUUAUAGAUAUUUUACAGAACAUUCGUAUUGGCAGAGUUACAGAUGAGAUAUCUGAAAAAUUAAAUGCAACGUCAAAACAAAAUAUUAAUAAAGAAGGUAUUCAAGCAACUAGAUUGUGUAGUCACACAAAAGAAGCAGAAAUAAUUAAUAGCAACAAAUUAAAAGCUCUGACAGGUGCUUCCAAAGUAUUCUGUGCUGUUGAUAGUGAUCCAACUGCUGCAUCUCAACUGGAUCAAUUGACACGUGUACCAAAUUUGUUGGAAUUGAAAGUUGGUACUCAGGUCAUGUUGAUGAAAAAUUUGAAUGUGUCAGAAGGUCUGGUAAAUGGUGCUCGAGGUGUUGUGGAAUCAUUCAACAAAGAAGGACUUCCUGUUGUUCGUUUUUGGACAAAUGCCCAAGUUGCUGUACAACCUGACCGGUGGACAGUGAGAGGAUCUGGAAACUACCUGCUCACAAGGAAACAACUUCCAUUGCAGCUUGGAUGGGCAUUUUCAAUCCAUAAGUCUCAGGGUCUCACUCUUGAUUGUGUUGAGAUGUCACUUGGUAGAGUAUUUGAGCCAGGGCAAGCGUAUGUGGCUUUGUCUCGUGCAAAAAGUUUGCAGUCCCUCCGAGUUAUAGAUUUCAAUCCAAAGCAAGUGUGGGCCAACCCUGUGGUGCUGGACUUCUACAGAAAAUUUAGGAGGAAAAUGAAAAUGAUGGAGAUUGUUCCAUUAGGGAGGAAAAUAUGAUGGAAUUGAUAAUAGAUCCAUAAAUAAAAAAUGCCUGCCAUUAGAAAUAAUUUGUUUUAACUUUUCUUUAGUGAGGUAAUUUAUUAUUCAAUAAGACUGACAAUAGUGAUAAUUUUUGCGGAAAUUUCCAGCAUAUGAUUGCCUAGAUCCAUGUGCUUCCUUUUAAAAAAAUAAUUGAGUAUGUCUUCAUUGAAUUUAUCAAAUUAUAUUGAAACUGUAAGCAUUGAGUGUUAUUUCUCUGAUCAUGUUUGUGAAACUGAGGUCAUUGUGCAGCUAAAUAGGAAGAGAUUGCAUUUGCAGAUUAUCAUUAGGAGUUUCAUCAAGAUUUUGUAAAACCUUUGCUGUUUACUUGAAUGCACCAUGACGACAAAAAUUAUACUAAUCUACUUUGAGAUGAAAAAUGGAAGACAAAAAAAAGAAAGAGAAAGAAAAGAAAAAACACACAUGUAAUAUUUUGAUUAUUGUAUUUAUGAACCUCAGUUUCUUUCCCUUACGUCUUAAACUGCUCAUGUGAACUCAGCAUUAACAUCUUCUGUAUUUCUUUCCUUUUAUGUCAAUUUUUGAGAAGAGGUAUUUAAUGUCACUUCAUAUUACUGCCAGAAGGUUUAUCUUCUUAUAUCCAAAACUAUUAACGCUCACACUUUUGUAAAAUAAACAAAUUUUUAUACUUAAAAUAUAGUUACAGGGUAAUAACGAGGCUUUUUUUCUGGAUACUUACAGAAAAGCUUGUGAGCUAAUUUAAUAACAUUAUGAUGUGUUUAUGACAAAAUCAAAUCAACUACUGGCAAUGUGGACUGUGAAAAUUUCAAUUGAUUUUGACCUUCUGAGAUUAGGGAAAUGAAAAUUAGUUUAUUUUAAUGUUUGACAACUCAAUAACAUUUAAUUGGCUUUGAGAAAUGAUUGAGUAUUAAACAUUUGGAACAAUUAUGAGAAGUGGCACUGUUGAGUCAAUUGCGAAGUAUAAUUGUGAUUCGUACAGAAAGUGUUUGUUCUUGUGUUGACUCUUAACUAUUUUUAUUAUUUUAUAUUACCUUUAUUUUUAAUGGUGAUCUAUUUGUAUACAACCAAAUUUUUCAAAAUUACUACAGAACAUUAAAGGUUACUGACAUUACUGAUCACUUGUAUGCAAGUACCAGAUAUCUCCAGAAACUCAAAAGUUAUGUAAUGUACUUUUGCUGUACUGUGAGUUUACACUGUGCUGCUUUCAGCAAUUUGGAUAGCUUCUUCAUAAGACAGUUGUACCUUUCUUAAGAAUAAAACACUGCCAUUCUAACAAGAGUGAGGAUCUCAACUUUUUUCUAUAUACCAUUAUUUUCCUUCUAACAUGUGAUAUUUAUGAUUAAAAUAUGUUAUAGCUGAUUAUUAAAAUAUAUUCAAUAAAUACAUUCCUUGUCAGAAUGCCUUUACAAUUAAAGCCCACUUCACAUGUUUAUUUCAUUGAACAGUGAGUCUCUGUUCCCCCAUGUAAGUUUUACAUUUUGAAAUUCCAUCAUUUGUGUGUAUCUGACCUAUAAAAUGUUGUGUAUUUUCAAAUCUGGAUACCUGAUAUGUAUCUCUAAACUUUUUUAUAUUUUUAUUUUCUAUGUGGCACACUCAAAGAAAACCAGUGUAUUUUAUUUAAUGUGAAAUAUUGGUGCACAGGUAUUUUGAAAAUAUUGCCAUCCCUAUAUAAGAUUGAUAUUUUAUUUUAUUAUGAAUUUUUCAUUUUUGAAUGUUUUUUGUCUGUACAUUUUAUCAUUGAUAAAAUAAUACAAAUAAAAAUGUAUGCAACCUACAAAUCCUUUUUAUCUUUGAGAUAAAACACUGUGGGUACACAAUGUAUUAGAAAGUGAAUUGUCCAUGAAAUCUGUAUGUUUAAUAUAUAUGGAAUUGAUGUCAAUAUGGGUGCUGUAAUUAUUGCAGACAAAUGCAUAGCCAGAGAAUGAGCCAUGGGAGUUUAAAAAUAGGUUGUUGGAAAAAGUUUUCAAACAAACAAAUUUUUUCCCUUUAAUUUUACUUAGCAUAAUACACAAGUGGGAACGACAUGUAUUUACAUAAAGCUCCUUUACUUCUGAAUGAGUUUGUAUAAACAUAAUUUUUGUUUUGAAUUUUUUGUUUUGUUUUGAACUAAACUUAAGCAGAGCAUUCUUUUCUAUUUCUUUUUUUCUUACCUGGAUCAUACUUUAAUUUACAUUCAACGUAGCUCAUUUAAGUGAUCCUUUUGUCAUUGUUUUGAAUGCAGCCUAGUUUUUAUCUCUGAAAGAUAAUAAAUUAAAGCUCAAUGGUACUCUUAAU